UCCCAAGCGUUCUGCUGAGGUUGUCUUUCAAAGGUUUUCUUCCUCAACUUUAUCUUCUCAACUGUUUCAGUACGUAUACGUCUUUUCUAGUGGAACUCUGUGUGAGUUGCUUYCUUGGACGACCGUUUUCUUCUCAGUUUUCUUGUACCAACCGCGCUGUGUUUCGUUGCACAGCUCACAACUACUGAUCGCUUUCUUCUCCGCAUUUGUUAUGAAAGGGCGUAUAUAAGUAUUUCAGGAACAAUACUAAGCUAACAAACUACCUAUAGACAAAGAUCUCUAAUCAUAGGCAAAGGAUUAAUAUUACUAAAUGAUUUAACACCUGAUAACAGUAAUGAAUUAAAUCCCCUAAGAUCUACUUAAGUUAUUCCGUGACACUUAGUCCGCUGGUCAGUGUAAACAUGAUAUAUACAGACAAAUAAAACUUAUCAUAAUAAAAAUAAUAAUGACAAUAAUAGUUAUCUACAUGGAGAGGGGAAAGUCAAAGCGGAAGCUGAAGAGAAAAUUUUGGCGUGCAAAGAAGCUUGAAGAUGCAAGGAAUCUCAUUCAAACAUUCUUCGCGGAUCCUAGAAGUGUAUAUACCACCUUUGCAAAAAUGUUAGAAAAUCAGACGAAUGUUCACCAACCAAAGUACGGCGGAACUAUGCAAGCGACACAAGACAAUAACAAUAAGUUCACGAACUUAACAUUGAUGAAGCGAGUAGUUUUUGGAAAAGUCUUUGCGAAGAACAAGGAACCGGAGAUAUGGAAGUAGAAUGGAUCGAGAAGAUCGAAGAGGCAAUGGAAGAUGGUUAGUGAGGAUGCUCAGAGAGAAAAUAGAAAUCUCAGCAUGGCCUGGAUUGAUGUAACUAAAGCCUAUGACUCUGUUGAUCUUUGCUGGUUAUCUAAAAUGUUCACUCUACACAGAUUCCCCCUAUGGUUUGCUGGAGUGAUGAAGAAGCUGGCUAACAGUUGGAAUACUUGCAUUGUUCCUCAAACGGCCCAAGGCAAAGAGAUCGCUCCAACAAUACGGUUCAAGACAGGAAUUCCACAAGGUGAUGCACUCUGUCCAUCGCUGUUCAUACUGUGCAUGAACCCAAUUGCCUGGAAGACAAACUCCAAACCUCUGAGAAUAAACGAUUGAAAACGAAAUAUUGAUAACCGAGCAUCAAUAAGUGGUGGAGGCUGAAGAUGAUGAAAGUAAAAACACUGUAACAAGAUUGGUGAUCUUAAAGAAGACACCGCCUUAUAGAUUAAACCAUUUCUGGUAGUUUAAUAAACACGGGGAAAACGCACUGCGUCUUUCAGCGUUGCAAAUAAAUGAAAUCAGUAACAGAUUAUUUAAGGUUACUGGAGACCUUCGGGGCUAUGUUUCUUUUAAGCUCUCCCUACGCAACAAGGUCAACAAAACCCCCUUGUACUAUAUAU